CAAGAAACGACAAGCAUCACCACCUUACCAAAGGGCCUCCCGGGCCUACAUAAUGUUGAAUAGCCCCGUAAAAGCCAUCUGUUCCCACAGAUGUGACUGAUCUGAAUUGAUUUACCAGUGUGAAUCUUCUUUCGUCAUUAACCGCCUUUACUUUCCAUCAAUACAUUGUACAAGUUACAUUUACAAAUAACUACCUCCUACCUAACCUCCACCGUCUGUCGUCUGCAAUAUACGAUCUACGGAAAUACCUUUUCUUAUUACCGCCAAUCUACCAACAUAUUAAGCUUUUUGACCCCUGGGCAAGUAAGGUUCCACUGGUUCCUUUAUGCUCCGCCUCAAUACCCGCUUCCCGGCAAUAAUCAUAGUCAUAGACGGCACAGUUAUCCGCAGCUGCAGCCUGUGGGAAGAGAAGGUCAAGCUUUAGGAACCCAGGUUUAGGUAGUCAAAUGACAGAGCCCAAGAAGGAAAAUGUCUUUAUUAUUACCAUAGAGCCACAUAAACCCCCUUCUUACCCGUCGGGCCACCGCGACCUUCUCCAUGGCCAAGAAACAAUGGACCAACAUUCGCUCAAGGACUCUGACAGCACUGGCAGUUCCAAGGCAAUAAUUCCUGAGGCCCCGGAUAACAAAAAGACCUCGGGUUCCAGAAUACCGCGGUGGUUACAAAUUCAAGCGACUAAGAUCCGUACAAGCCGGACUCGCCAGGCUCUCAUCGCUUUCUUUUUUGUUAUCGCUGUCGUUCUUCUCGCUGUUCUCCUAUGGCUGAACAAUAGGGGACACUUGCAGGAAGUAUUCAAGAAAACAACACAAGUCCAACUAAACCAAGGGACUUAUCUUGGCGAGGUUGUGGCGCAAAGUUCAAACCUUCCACGCAGCAUCGAAGCCUUCCGCGGAAUACCAUAUGCGCAGUCCACAGCUGGCAACAAUCGCUUCAGACCUCCGCAGCCAAUAAAUGGCACAUCAAGCAAUGUUCAACGCGCCAUCACUUCUGGCCAAAUCUGCCCUCAGGGCACUGGUGGAAAAGACCAAGGAGAGGAUUGUUUAAACCUUAAUAUUUAUAGACCCCAUUUUAGCGAUGACCCGGCGACCGCUGAGGCCGAGAUGUCAAAGCUUGGCGUUAAUGGCACGAAGUUACCGGUGGUGAUCUACGUUCAUGGUGGUGGAUUUAAUUCUGGAAAUGGCCAGGAGAGGAACAUGAUGGCAUUUGCAUCAUGGUCUGAGACCCCUCUUAUUGGCAUAAGCUUCAAUUACCGGGUUGGAGCCUUUGGCUUCCUGCCGAGUGGAGUAACCGCCAAGGAAGGUCUGCUGAAUAUAGGGUUAAAGGACCAGCAAGCGCUUUUUAAAUGGGUGCAAGACAACAUAGCCAACAUCGGCGGUGACCCAAAUAAUGUUACGAUAAUGGGUUUAAGUGCUGGUGCCCAUUCGAUUGGGCAUCACUUAAUAUCGUACUCUUCUGCGAAUAAGUUGACAUCGGCACCUGUACCUUUUCAAAAAGCAAUCCUCGAGUCCGGCGGAUCGACAGCUCGUGCUACAUUCAACCCUACUCACCCACUUCACGAGCAGCAAUUCCAAGAAUUCUUGACACACUGCGGGUUAAAUGGUACAUCUGACGAUGAAAUCUUCGAAGAGCUCCGUGCUCUUCCCUUGGACAAAGUUAUUUCUGCAUCUCACAGCGUAUACCAGCGCUGGAAUCCGAGUAUACGUUGGCCCUUCCAACCUACUAUCGAUGGACCCGGAGGUAUAAUACCAGACUUACCUAUUAAAUCUUGGGAGAAGGGACAUGUUCUACGUAUCCCGAUAAUGACGGGUUACAAUACAGACGAGGGCGCUGAUUUCAUCCCAACUCACGCAAGCAACUCGUCAGCGAUGCGCACACUAAUGUCUGCUAUCGUUCCGUCUCUCAAUAAGACAGACCUAGGAACACUCGACUCAUUAUACCCUGAUCCUAGCACCGCGAGCGGGGAAAAAUUAUACAUUGCUGAGCCACCUGCUGGCUUUGGAUCACAGUUUUGGAGGUUGGACGACGUAUACGGGCAUUACGCGUAUAUAUGCCCUGUGCUGCAGACAGCACAUUUGGCCUCGACGGCGACCGAUGCCGGUCCCGUUUAUGCAUAUCAUUACGCUGCUCGAUCGAACGCCCACGGUGGCGCAGACCAUGGCGACGAAGCCCCUAUCGUAGCUCACGACAUGAAUGUUGUUAGCAAGUAUCCAGGCAUCAUGACCAUGGCGGAUUCUAUGAAUGGCUUCUGGUCCCGGUUUGCGGUUACUGGAGACCCAAAUUCAGGGCCACAUAGGAACGAUACGGUUGGGUUCUCGUGGCCGAAGUUCAUCAGCCCGUUCGUUAAUGAUACCGCAACCGCUAGUAACGCGGAAAACGUAGGGAAAGUGGCCCUGUUUGGCGAGGGUAACGACGAACGCAUGGGGGUCCGUGGACGCCAGAACAAGGGCAUCCCAGCACAGGCAGGUAACUUGACAGAACGAUUACAAGAUGAGUGCCGCUUUUGGUGGGAUAAAGUGAUUUUUAGCGAAGGCUUCGGAAACGGAAGUACGGCACUUUCGAGUAUUACCCAAAAUGCUAAGGCGGGAGCGAGAUUAUUAUAAAUCUGGUCUGUAUAAAAUAUGGGAUGGGGAUGGCUAUCGAACUUAUAUAAAGCCUGGACGGGAUAGGAAGGAGUUUAGACACUUGUUAAAGUGUAUCUCGGGAACGCGUACGAGCGACGAUACCCUUGGUCGGUCUUGAGGGUGCAAUUUGACGAAUCGGCAUGACUUUGUUACGAUGCAUAAGCAACGGCGUUUAGGGACAUAGAUGUGUCUUAAUAAAAGAGAGGUGUUUGGAUUGGAAGAACUUCGAAUGGAGAGCUGAUGUAUAUAUAUUAGACUUGACAUAUAAGCGAAUCUAUGGUAUAUAUAUCGGAUUUAUUAUUAUUAUUAAUCACGCUACUUUUCUAGAAGAGAUUUCGUUAAUGAAUAUAGCACUAGAC